AUUGGAGGAGCACCACUACCUUCACAAACAUCUGUUACAUUACCUAAUGGUGGAAAGAUGAUAUCAUUUAAUCUAACAGCAACAUAUGCAUUAAAUGGAACUGACAUUACUUGCAUAACAUUUAAUGGAACUGCCACUGAAUCUGCUUAUCUUUAUGUUCAAGGUCCACCUGAUAGUGUCAAUAAUUUAACAGGAUAUCAGUUAGAUUCUUGUUGUAUGUUUAUCAGUUGGUAUCCUCCAUUCACACUACCAGGACUAACAGUACAGUAUAUAAUCAGUGUAGGAACUGAUCAACAGUACCUUAAUGAUUCUAUCACUAACUACACUUACUGCCCAAUGAACCUAACCAAUAAACAAUAUCUUUUUAACAUUACAACUACUAAUAAAGCUGGAAAUGGAUCUACUAGUGACAUAUCAGUUGGAUUUCAAUCAAAUUCACGAAUUUCAAUCAUUUAUCAAGAUUCUUAUACAUAUCACAUAAACAAGUAUUGGUACCUUUAUUUCCUUUUUCCAGCUCGUCAGUUGUGUACUGGAGUGUCACUUGUUAAUAUUACACUAUGUACUGUUAAUAAUAAUUCUUGUUAUGCAUCAACAAAUAUAACCAUUAAUCAUAGUGCUUAUAAUAACAUUUCACUUGUUGCUAUUAUAAAUCUUCCAUUAAAAGAGAUGCUGAAUACUGUUAUCUUGUACUAUCAAAAUGGAGUAAAAUUCGAAAGCAACACUAUAAUAGUUAGUACUUAUGAUCUUCAGCACACAGUGGUGGUUAAUACUACAUUUAACGAAGUUUGUCUUCAGUUUCAGUUUGUCAAUGGCAGUACAACUAAUAAUAUUUAUAUUCACAUAACUAAUUAUGAUGAGCCAGUCCAACCAGUGUAUUACAAUAUAGCCCCUAAUGAUCAAUUGUACUUCAUUCAGUGUACUACUAACAUACUGGCUGGUAAUAACCUAACGUUGUAUGCAUGUGAAUCGUUGGAGGACUGUACUACUAAUUCUGCUGCUGUAAUAACUGGUAUUAAUAUUGAUAAAGUUCCCAUUGUGUCAACUAUCUUGACAAGCUACGUAACAACUACAGUUUCCUCUACAGUUAGAUCUACCAUGAUGAUGGAGGAUUGUAAUAUAACGGAAAGUCAAAGUGAAGUACCUGUCACUAGUGCAAUAGUGAUUAGUGUAUUGAGUGUAUUCCUCAUACUAUCACUAAUGAUUAAUGUUACAUUAACUGUGUGUUACUGCAAGAGGAAAGGGACAAAUAAUCGAAAUUCACAAGAACAAGAACCUAAUCCACAGUAUGAGAAUGUACAUUUACCUGUUCCUCAGUCGGAACUAUCAAUGAAAGAAUGUGCUGCUUAUGGUGUAGUGGAAGGAACUAGGUUUUAAAACUUCUUGAGAUUACAUAAUUUUGAAAGUAAUUUUUGUACUGAACAUUUCUCAAUUUUAUGUUCCACAAUAUCAUGUAUACCCUACCCCCAGCCCCCCUAAUACUAUACCCUGUACAAUAUAGCUCAUAGUUUUUUCUAAA